UCUUGCCCUAAAGGCUCGUCUACAAUAGCUGUAAGAGAAAUGGCUCCUGCCCACAGGACGCGGCAACGCUUGCCGUGCGGCGGAAGCUGGCUAGGGAACACAGUAGUAGCCAAUCAACGUCUCGCGUGCUCAGAAGUAAUAGAUACAUAACUUCCACUGCACGGAAAAUGUUGAACUCGACCCAACUUUUGCCGCGCGGCAAACAGUGUCGUGUCCUGCAUGUAGGGAAUUAUAUUACAAAACAGUAAAAUUUGUAGUGAAAUUUGUUCUUUUCAGCAGUGUUCAAAGACAUGAACAUUAAAAAGAUUUCGUACGAAUAUUAUUUAUCAUUUGGCGGAAAGUGAAAUAUAAAUUAAAAUGAGUAUUUAUAAAAUGAGUAUGAGAAAUUAAAAUGAGUAAUAAGGAAAGUUUUAGAUCCCUCAUCUCGGAUUUGGCUGAAACAUAUAUUAUGAAGGCGAUAGACGCAAAGAGAAGAAACAAGAAGGAAAAGAGAAAGAAAAACAAAGACGCUGAAACAUAUAAAAUAAUGGGUGUUUUCCAGCAACGGAACACAGUCAUACACUGUGUGACACAGUGUUACACAGUGUCGACUUUGUCUGGAACGACUGUAGCUGGAACGCUGCUUAGCUUUUUUCUUUCACCGUCAGAGUGCAGGGCAGUUACUUUAUAUAUCUUGUUACUAGUUUGCAAUGCAAACAGACAUAUGUCAAUAAUUUAAAAUAAUAAUCUAAAUCGUUACAAGAUACUUUCUUAUAAGUUAUAUAAAGAUGAAUGGGAAGGAAAAGAUAGUUGUUAAUCUUGUACUGGAGAGUAUGAUAAACACCAGUACAAGCACAGAAGACUCAAGCAACAGUGAAAUAGACUGGAACAAUAGUAGUCUUUCAAUUGAUGAUACAUCUUUCAGUAGUGAAGAAAACGAUGGUUAUUUAUUGUUGUUUCCUUUAAUGAAAUAUUUAAUCAGCGGGUGUAAAAGACAUCGAGUUGAAGAUUAUCUUCAUGUUGUGGAUAGUUGGACAGAUUUAGAAUUUAAAGAGCACUUGCGAAUCAAGCGUAAUUUAGCAAUUCGAUUAAUAGAUGAAUUGCAUGAAAGUGGAUUUAUUCCUUCUCAUUCGUUUGAAGUGAAACCAAUUGAAGCGAAACUCAGCUUUCUUAUAUUUUUGUGGCACUUGGCAAAUACAGAACCUCUACGAACAAUAUCAGAUAGAUUUGACGUUUCAAUUUCAUCUGUCUUUCGAGUAAUUCGCCGAGUGACAGCUUGGAUAUUGAUAAAAUUAGACGACGUUAUUAAAUGGCCCGAAGGACAACACGUCGCAUAUGUUUAUCAUCAGUUUUAUGCUAAAAGAGGCAUUCCAAAUAUAAUGGGGGCUAUUGACUGCACUCAAAUUAAAAUAGAGAAACCUAAUGUGGAGAAUGCAAGAGAUUAUUGUAACCGGAAAAAAUACUUUUCUGUAAGCCUACAAGCUGUUGUAGAUGUGGAUAUGAAAUUCACUAACAUAUACUGUGGUCAGCCAGGUUCUCUCCAUGAUGCACGAGUCUUGAGAAAAUCUGCAUUAUACAAUUCAGUUAAUGAACAUAGAGAAGUAAUUUUUCCAGAUGAAAAAUUUAUAAUAGAAGACUCUGCAUAUCCGUCUUUACAAUGGCUUGUUCCUCCUUUUCGUGAUAACGGUCAUCUUACUCCUCUUCAGACCGAAUUUAAUUUCAUACUUUCUUCAACGCGUAUGGCUGUAGAAAAAGCAUUUGGUUAUCUGAAAGGACGUUUUCGACGAAUAAAAUUUUUUUCGGAAUACCGUGAAAUGCCGUUUAUUACAAAUACAAUUGUAGCUGCAUGUAUCUUACAUAAUUUAUGUUUGAAUUAUGACGAUGAUAAUGUCGAUUAUGAUGAUGUCGAAAUGGAGGAACUGAAUGAUAAUAUUUAGGAUAAUGUAAAUGAAAUAUUAAUUUUGGACAUCAAGUAGAUCGAAGGAUGCAAUUAUUGAGGGAAAUAUUUGACCAGGAAUAAACAAUGUACACUGAUUAUUAUAUUGGUUUUAUUUAUUUUAUUAUAUUAUAC